AUGUCGCUUCUCUCGCAGUGGCACGAGAACUUGCUCGCGCACGCGGGAGGCGCCCUCACCGCCACCGUGUACUACGGGCAGGGCCGCGACAAGUCGGGGGCGACGCUGCUCGACCACGACGUCGUGAUCACCACCUACGGCACCCUGGCUUCGGAGCACUCCUCCUUCGCCGCGAGCGAGGCCGCCUCCGCCGAGAGCGCCGCCCAAGGCAAGCCGGGCCCCUUCUUUCGCGCCGUGCGAAAGCCGCCGCUGCUCGCGGCGCGCUGGCGGCGCGUCGUGCUCGACGAGGCGCACACGAUCAAGGGGCGCGCGACGCAGCAGGCCAAGGCCGCUUUCGCCCUCGAUUGCGAGUGCCGGUGGGCCGUCUCGGGCACGCCGGUCCAGAACGCCCUCGACGACCUCUUCUCGUUGCUCCACUUCCUGCGCCUCGCGCCGUUCGACGACUACGCCUACUGGCGGCAGAACGUGCUGCAGCCCAUCGAGGAGCGACAAGGCGCAGAAAAGGUGGUCGCCGCCUUUGGUCUCCUCCGCGGCGCUCUCGACCCCCUCCUGCUGCGGCGCACGAAGAGCACGCGCGGCGCCGACGGGCAGCCAAUCGUGGCGCUUCCCCCCCGAGCGACGCACAUCGAGUGGCUGCUCCUGUCGGAGGAGGAGAGGGACUUUUACGACGCGCUACGCACGCAGUCGCGCGUGCGCUUCGACGCCUUCGUCGCGGAAGGGCGCGUGCUCAACAACUACGCGACCGUGCUGCACAUGCUGCUGCAGCUGCGGCAGGCGUGCGACCACCCGUACCUCGUGCUCGCGCGCUCGGGCGCCGACGCGGACAUCUCGCGGCUCGGCGCGCGCUUGCUGCGGCAGUGGCAGAGCGAGCAGGGCGGCGACUCGCAGCCGUCCGCCGCCGCCUCGGCCCAGUUCCUCGAGCGGACGAUGCGCGAGCUCGAGAGCGCCGGCGGCGGCCCCGCGAGCGACGCGCCGAGCGAGUGCGUCAUAUGCCUCGACCAGUUCGACGACCCGGUGCUGACCCGCUGCUCGCACACCUUUUGCCGCGAGUGCCUUCUCGGCUGCCUCGGGCCGGCCGGGCGAGCGCCGUGCCCCGUCUGCCGCGAGCUGGUGGAGCGUGGCAGCCUGGUGACGGUCCCUGGCUCGCGCUUCGCCGUCGACCUCGACUCGCACUGGAAGGCGUCUGCCAAGCUGGAGGCGCUCAUGGCGGACGUGCGCGAGACGCUCGCCACGCCCCUCCCGCCGCCCGCCGUGCCGGCGGUCGGCGCGGACGAGCCGCCCGACGACGUGGGCAAGCUGGUGAUCGUGUCGCAGUGGACGUCGAUGCUCGACCUCGUGCAGCGGCCCCUCGAGGCGGCGGAGCUCCGCUUCGAGCGGCUCGACGGCAAGCUCUCGCAGCCGGCGCGCGCGAGCGUGCUCAAGCGCUUCGCCGCGCGCGACGGGCCUCGCAUCCUCCUCCUCUCGCUCCGCGCGGGCGGCGUCGGCCUCAACCUCGUGUCUGCGCAGACGCUCUACCUGCUCGACCCUUGGUGGAACCCCGCCGUCGAGGAGCAGGCGGUCAACCGGAUCCACCGCAUCGGCCAGCGGUAUCCGGUGCGCAUCAAGCGCUUCCUCGUGCAGGACUCCAUGGGGGUGGAGGACUUCAAGUUCCUCUUCCACUAG